AUGCAGAAACCUGAAUAAGUGAUGCAAGAUUUUGCUAAUUUAUUGGAUAAAUAUAGAAACGAUCCUGAGGCGUGGUCAUAAAUUUACAAGGUUAUCAAUUAUAAGCCAACUCAAAAUAUUCCUAAAGGAUAAUCGUUAGACCCAGAGAAAAUUCGGGAGUUCCUGAGAUUGGGAAAACCUGGAACUUAAGAAUUCGAUCCUUAUGAUGACAUGAUAUACUUCGAUGACAACAAGGUCAAAGAAAUAGUUUUAAGAUAAAACUUCCUGAUUGCAAAAGGAUAUUUUGAUCCAAAAGCAUACUUCCCAUCAAUUAAUUUAAGUAGUUUAGAUGACACAUCAUUCGAUGAGAAAAUCAAAGAAAUGCUUAAAAUACCAGAUUAAGCUGAUAAGAAAAUUUGA